UCUCACCACUUCAACGACCUUCUCAACCGGUCAAAAUGAGUCUGUUCAUGGACUUCGAUGGGACCAUCACAGUGGAAGAUACGAUUAAUGAAGUGGCGAGUUAUGCACUACAAGUUCAGGCCGAACAGGGCGAUGACUUGAGGGAGGAAUGGGGUACUGUCGUCAGGGAGUAUAUGAAGGAUUACGGCAAGCACGUUGCCGAAUACUGCCCGGAAGAGAAGGCGCGAAAGUCACCAACGCAUGAAGUCGGCUUUCUGCGAGAACUCAAGACUCUUGAAUUGCGGUCACUGGAGCGGAUUUAUAAAUGUCAGGUUUUCAAAGGCAUCACUCGGGACAUGUUUCGGAAAGCAGGACAGGACGCCGUGAGACGGGGCGUGGUCCAAAUACGGCCUGGGUUCAAGGAAUUCGUGGAAACCAAGAUGAGUGAAGGCUGGAAGGUAUGGAUCGUAUCUGUCAACUGGUCAUCGGCAUAUAUUGAAGGCGUCUGCGAUGUCCCUGGCAUCACUGUCAUCGCAAACGAGGUCCAAGACGACGGAUCCAUUGUUGGCCCCGACAUGCUGAACCAAAAAGGAAUCGGGUCUCGCAACUUGACGAAUUCUCGCGAUAAGCUGGACGUUAUGCAGGCUAUCAUCCAGGAUGAGUCGAAGCCAACUGUCUACUUUGGGGACUCUGUUACCGAUCUUGAGUGUCUCCUCGCCGCGUCAACUGGAAUUGUGAUUUCGGAUGACGAGGACUCGAAACUCCUGAGGACUCUGGGGAGAAUCGGAAAGCGCGUCCCUCGUGCGACGCGGCAAGAACCCUACCCAGCGCUUUUCUGGGCUUCGGAUUAUCAAGAGGUCAUGAAUAUGUGACCAAAGCCGUCACAGCUGAUAAUGGUUAUCUGUGUCGCCUAACCGCCGUGUUGUCACAGCUGAAAAACUCAGGGUGACUACCAGUUAGCAACAAAGGAUCAAUGAUGAAUUCUCUUUGAACCGACCCAACCUCGCCACCUCCACCCGACUCUCCCACUAAGGGAGUCAGUGCAUUGAUGACACAAAGCGCCAACAACUCGACGACAAUGAAAAGUUGUAGAACGAAUAUAGUAGCUAACAAGCCGGACUUCGCAGGAUUAACGACAGAUUCUAGCAAUAUAUGAG